AUGGCACGAAUAUUCGCUUUGGCUUCUCUUGUGGUAGCGGCUGCAGCAUCAAACCAUGCUAGCGAUGAUCCUGGUCUUCCAUUUGCUCUAGGCAGUGGUGGCCAACAAGGAGUUGGCUUUGAUGUCGGAGCACAGGAUGGCGGUGGGGAACUUGGAAACUACCGCGAUGUUAUUCUGGGCGGCGGAAAGUCGAACGAUGUGAUAGGGAAUGGAGGGUUUAAUGGCCAUUCACGAGGGCAGUCCAUCAGUGUAACUAUCAUCACAACCAAUGUUGGGGGCGGUGCAAAGUACCAAGUUUGGAACGAGCCUCCCAUGCAACAAGGGAAAGAGCAUCGGGUUAUUGUUGGCGGUGAGGCUGGUCUUGUAUAUCAGCCAGAAACCAUAAACGCUGCUAUCGGCGACAUGGUGGUGUUCGAAUUCAUGUCCCAGAACCACACGGCGACUCAAUCUACCUUUAACAAACCAUGUGUCCGGAUGGCCCAAGGCAUCGACUCCGGGUUCAUGCCAAACGCUGAUAACACUGUGAACCCUCCACCAAGCAUGAAGUUUCAGGUUACCACGCUAGACCCGGUGUGGAUGUUCUGUGCUCAAGGCAAGCAUUGUGAGAAGGGAAUGGUAUUUAGCAUCAACCCUACCGCCGAAAAAUCGCAAGCCCGAUUCAAGGAGAUAGCCAUGGCUGGCACAGCUGAUCCUCCACCCCCGGCCGCUGAAACUGGAGGCGGUAAUACAAUCAUUGAAACUGCCUCGCCCUCUGAAGCCAUCGCCACUCCACAAGCAACCGUAGCCAUCGGAAACGGCCAGAUGGGAUCUGGAGAUGCCUGCACUUGCUCGUGCCUCUGCGGAAAAAAAUCGUGGCCUGAAGGCCUUGGUCUCAAUGCCCAAGGCGGACUACCCGGCACUAUUCCAAUGUCAGAAUCUCCAGCCAAGCGUGCUCUCAACCCUCACUAUUUCUAA